AUGGUGCACGGCUUCUUAUCCAGCUCCCGCCAGUGGAAUCACAACCUGCUGGCGCUUAGCCGUGUCUGCCGACCUGUGACCAUCGAUUUGUGGGGACACGGGAAAUCGCCGAGCCCGGAGGAUGACAAAGCCUACCACCCGGAUCACUACGUCGAGGCACUGGAAGAUAUUCGCCUGGCGCUGGGUGCAGAGCAGUGGCUUGUAUGCGGUUAUUCCAUCGGUGCAGCGCUGACCAUUCGCUAUGCCCUGGCAAAACCCGAACACGUCAUUGCCCACAUCUUCACCAAUUCGAGCUCAGCCUUUGCCGAUGAAGAACAGGUGGCCAAGUGGCGCAGUGAAGCGGCUGAAAGUACUGCGCGCAUCCAUAAAGAUGGCCUUAAAGCUAUCUCACGCAUUCCGGUGCAUCCCCGUUUUGCAAAAAGACUGCCGCCAGACAUCUACGCAACGCUCAUGGAAGAUGCUCAGAUCCUUUCACCCACAGGCAUUGCACACACGCUGACUCAUACAACACCCAACGCCAGCAUUCGCCACCUCGCCGGCAACAACUCAAGACCUGCGUUGCUGGCUUAUGGACAACUUGAAUCCCGCUUUACAGAUGCCAGGAACUGGGCUUCUGAACACAUGCCGAAUCUGACGGUGGUUGAGCUGCAGGAAUAUCUGUACCCGGUUUUUGGCUAUCAGACGACCAUAGACCUCGUUGAUGAAGUUCAGGGUUUGAGCGGCUAUGAGGUAUUUGAGCACGUCAGCAAGCUGCUCGGCAUGAAAGUCACCGUUGAGGGAUUACAUCACUUACCCCAAGACGGACGCACCGUUGUCAUGCCUAAUCACCCAGCAGGUAUCGCGGAUGGUCUGGCAGUGUUUGACGCCAUUAAAGCGAUUCGUCCGGACAUGAAUUUCUUUGCCAACCGGGAUGCCGUGCGCUGUCAGGAAAAUCUGAGCGAAAUCAUCAUCCCGGUUGAGUGGAUGGAGGAAAAACGCAACCACAGUAAAAGCAAAGAAACCCUGCGUAACAUGUUACGCGCGGUGAAAGACGAACGUCUGAUUGUCAUAUUCCCCUCAGGCCGACUGGCACGCCCGACCCCCAUCGGCCUGGUCGAGCGAGAGUGGCUGGUAUCAGGUGUGAGCCUCGCGCAGAAGUACAACUGCCCCAUCGUGCCUAUGCACAUCAAAGGUUAUAACAGCACGUUGUAUUACCUGCUCUGGUUUCUGAAUUCAGAAUUGAAGGACAUGACACUGUUCAGAGAGAUGCUGAAAAAAUCAGGCCAGCGCUACCACAUUCAGAUCGGCGAGCCGAUAAAGUCAGAUAUUGAAGCGACGCUGUUAACGCCAGCCCUGCGCAAGUACGUUACCCAGGACCUCAAGCGCGGCGUCACGUGGGGAGACCUUAUGAAUCAGACGAUGCGACUGGCGCAGCGGAUCUGCGGUGCCAACUAUGCCAACAUGCCUUCCAGCGCGCAGCUGGCCUGCAAACACGCGCUGCUGGAUUAUAUUGGCGUGACCAUCGCCGGCAUGGAGGAGCCGCUGGCCCGCAUUUUACGCGCAGAUGCGGCUGAACAGGGCGGUCAUCCACAGGCCUGUGUAUUUGCCACUAAUGAGCGUGUAGCUACCCAACAGGCCGCGCUCAUCAACGGCGCUGCAGGCCACGCCCACGACUACGAUGAUGUACAGCUGGCCAUGUCCGGACAUCCUACCGUGCCCGUCGCGCCGGUGGUUUUUGCUCUGGCGGAACAGCACAAACUCAGCGGGGCGCAACUCAUCGCCGCAUUUUCGGCGGGUGUGGAUGCAGAGUGUAUUGUCAGUCGGUACGCCGGCACUUCUCACUAUCAGCAGGGUUGGCACGCCACCGGCACGAUGGGUUGUUUUGGCGCCGCCGCUGCCGCAGCGUCAAUGCUCGGGUUGGACGACAUCCAGACCGCCAAAGCGCUGGGCAUUGCGGGCACUCAGGACAUCUGUUUUAAAUAUCAUGCCGCCUGCUACAUGACGCAUUCGGCUAUAGAAGCGACGCGCGAGCUGUGCGCGCAGAACGCUUUUGAUCCUAAUAAGAUUAAACACGUUGAAGUGGCGGUCGAUGAAGGUCACCUGCGGGUCUGCAAUAUUGUCCAGCCCACCUCGGGCUUGGAAGCCAAGUUCUCUCUGCGCUUCACCGUGGCCAUGGCACUGGCCGGCGUCGACACAUCCAGCAUUGAUAUAUUCACAGACGAACUGACUCAAGAGCCACAACUGAUCGCGUUUCGCGACCGGGUUUCUGUGGUCACACAUCCAAGUCCCGAUCCAGCCACGAUAGUCACAAUCACCACCGACGAUGGGCAGCACUUCCAGCAAGCCACCAACGUUGGCAUCCCCAUGCGCGACCUGGAUGCCCAGUGGCAGAAACUGGAGCACAAAUUCCGCAGCCUUGUGACACCCCGACUGGGACUGGCGCGCACUGAAAAAAUCAUCGAUCUGUGCCGGCACCUUGAGAGCCAGAACAACCUGAUCGACCUCUUCAACGUCCUAACCAUCUAUAAGGCUGUCACCCAGCACAAAGGCAACCGCUUCGAAGACAUGACUGUCGGGCGCAUAUUCGAACACCAUUGGGGGCGUACCCUGAAUGCCGGUGACAACUCCGCGUUCACCACCCAGACCUUGUCUUUCUGCCCCCUGUACUUCAAUGAACCCUAUGCGCAGUCGUUAGGGGUUGAUCAGUGCCAUUUCAAAGACGACGUCUACGUCGGCGACACCCUCACCGCCCGCAGUGAGGUGGUCAGCGCGCGAGCGUCCAAAGGCAACAACAACUAUUUCGAAGACUUCGAGAUUGGCACUGUGAUGAAACACGCUCGUGGCAAAACCAUGUGUGAGCAGGACAACGUGGGUAUCACACUGCAGGUUCUGAACACCGCCGAAGGCCAUUUUAACGAACACCUGAUGCAGCAGAAUGCUAUGGGCCGGGAUGGCUGGAACUCGCGCCUGCAAUUUGGCGGCGUGACGAUUUCCAUGAUCAUCGGUUUGUCGAUGCAGGAUACCGGCGAAAAUGCCCUCAAAGAGCUUUCCCUUGAUGCAAUUCGCCUGAAAAACCCGGUUUUUCACGGCGAUACGCUCUACGCCUAUACAGAAGUGUUAGGAAAAGAAGAGCCUGAUCGAGAAGAUGCCGGCAUUGUUCAAUUCAAACACUGGGGCGUUAAUCAGGACGAUAAAGUAGUGUUCGAAGGUGAGCGCCGCGUGCUGAUCAAAAAACAAAAAAUGAUGGCCAAAGCGGCUGCACUUGAACUGGACCACGUAUUUCUCGACCUGGAGGAUGCCGUUGCCCCCAGCGCCAAGCCGGACGCACGCGGUAAAAUCGUGGAAGCGCUGAACACCCACGACUGGCGACCUCGCACAUUGUGUGUGCGCAUCAAUGAUGUAGAAACCCAGUGGUGUCACGACGAUAUUAUUGAAGUGGUCACCGGUGCUGGAGACAAACUGGAUACCAUCAUGUUGACCAAGGCCAAAAGCGCCGCGGAUGUGCGCUUCCUGCACCUGAUGCUCGACCAGCUGGAACAGAAACUCGGCCUGACCCGACGUAUAGGCAUUGAAUGCCUGAUUGAAGAAGUGGAAGGCAUGAUGAAUGUGGAAGAAAUUGCAGCCUGUAGCGAUCGGUUGGAAUGCCUGAUUUUUGGCAUGGGUGACUACAGUGCCAGCCAGCAGAUGCAGCUGUCUUCAGUUGGCAGCACCGGCGGCUAUCCACCGGACAUCUGGCACUAUCCACGGUACAAAAUGACCAUCGCCUGCCGUGCUAACGGCAUUGAUCCGGUCGACGGCCCUUUUGCCAAUUUUAAAAAUCCGGACGCAUUCCGCAAAGAAGCCGAGCGAUCCCUGAUUCUCGGCAUGGUGGGCAAAUGGGCCAUUCAUCCCAGCCAGGUUGAGAUCGCCCAGGAGGUCUUUGCACCCACAGCCGAUGACGUGGCUAAAGCACGCAAGCAGAAAGAAGCUUACGAUGCCGCGCUGGCAGAAGGUUUAGGUGCAAUCAAUGUAGAUGGCGUCAUGGUCGAUGCCGCGAGUAUCCGCAUUGUGCAGAACACCAUCGAUCGCGCCGAUCUGAUCGAACGCCUCAUGAUCCAGGAGGUUGCGCGGGAGUUUUCCCUCAAAGAAGUGCUGCCUGUUGCUAACGAACUGGAUCCCGUACAAGGCACCAUCCCCAUGGAUCUGCGCCGGAAAAUGGGUGACAUGGGCUACUUUGGCAUUCGUAUGCCGGAAGAGCACGGCGGCAUGGGCUUAGGCGUCUUCGAGUAUUGUCUGAUCGCCGAAGAGCUGGCCAGAGGUUGGAUGAGUGUGGCCAGCAUCAUUGCCCGUGCAUCUUCGCUGAUGGCGGUGGGCGGCUGGCCGGAAGCUAAACGCCGGGAAUUAACUGCUCGCGCCGCGCAAGGCGAUUAUCUGUGUGCCGUCUCGCUGUCCGAACCCGACGUGGGCAGCGACCUGGCUGCGGUGAGCUGCAAAGCUGUGCUGGACGGUGACGAGUGGGUCAUUACGGGUAACAAAUACUGGUGUACGUUUGCUGACCAGGCUGACUAUAUCAAUCUGUUAGCCCGUGUUGAGGCACCCGCCGAAGAGGCUCGCUAUACCGGCCUGCGCUCUUUUAUCAUAGAAAAGCCACGCGGCGAGCUGCCCAGAGGCUGUCAGGGCGCUGCGAUUCCUAAAAUUGGUUACUUUGGCUGGAACACCUUCGAACUGGCCUUUGACGGCUGCCGAAUUCCAAAAGAAAACAUCAUUACCGGCGGUGGCGGCGAAGGUUUCAAAAGCACGGUGAACAUGCUGAACGCAGCCAGAGCCCAUACUGCAGCGCGUUCCAUUGGUCUUGCCCGUGGCGCCCUGGAAGAUGCUUCCGCCUACGCCCACGAACGGCAGCAGUUCGGCGUGCCGAUUGCCGAUUUCCAGGAAACACGAUUCAAGCUGGCACGUAUGGCCAGCGAAAUAGAGGCGGCGCGCGCUUUGAUGUACGACGUCUGCACCAGAAUGGAUGCCGGCCAGACCUGUGACAAAGAAGCCGCCAUGUUGAAAUGGUUCGCGGCAGAAAUGGCCGAACGGGUAACUUCCGAUGGGCUGCAGAUUCUUGGUGGUGCGGGCUACACCAAACUACAUGCGGUCGAACGCUACUGGCGCGACGCACGCCUGACCAAAAUAUUUGAAGGCACCAGCGAGAUUCAGCUGCGCAUCAUCUCUGCUGACCCCGCCGCUCGGAUUCUCAUUGUCGGCCAGGCACCAGGCACGGCAGUGCACAAAACCGGCAUCCCUUUCAACGACCCCAGCGGUGAUCGCUUGCGCACCUGGAUGGGCGUGGACCGCGACACUUUUUACGAUCAGAAAAAAAUUGCCCUGGUACCUAUGGGGUUCUGUUACCCGGGCAAAGGUAAAGGUGGUGAUUUGCCCCCUCGCCCAGAAUGCGCGCCCGCCUGGCGCGAACGACUACUCGGACAGUUAGACAACAUUGAGCUGACCAUUGUCAUGGGACGCUACGCCCUGGCCUGGCACUUGAACAUACGCCCGAGCCAGACCCUGAACGCUGUGGUUGCCAACUGGCAGCAGUAUUGGCCUCAAGCGCUUCCCCUGCCUCACCCCAGCCCGCGUAAUUCCCAAUGGCUGCAGAAACAUCCCUGGGUAGAAGAAGACAUCAUCCCGAAGCUGCAACAACGCAUUCGCGUUGUGGGCUAUGAAGAUACAGUUGUGCCACAGAUCACCAACGCCAUUCUCGGUUGUCAGGAUAUUAUCUUCCUUGGCGAGCGCGGUCAGGCCAAGUCGCGCAUCGCCCGCUCUUUGGUGUCGUUACUCGAUGAGUGGAGCCCGGUGAUUGCCGGUACCGAAAUCCCGGAAGAUCCGUUAGAACCGAUCACCAAAGCCGGCAAAGACCUUAUCGCGGAACACGGUGACGCAACGCCUAUUGCCUGGCUGCAUCGCGACGAACGUUACGGCGAAAAACUCGCCACUCCGGACAUCACCAUCGCGGACAUCAUUGGCGAAGUAGAUCCUAUCAAGGUUGCUGAGGGCCGCUACCUGUCCGAUGAACUGACUUUGAGUUACGGCCUGGUGCCGCGGAUGAACAAAGGCAUUUUUGCCAUUAACGAGCUACCGGAUCUGGCCGAGCGGAUUCAGGUGGGUCUGCUGAAUCUGUUAGAAGAACGUGACGUGCAGAUUCGCGGUCACAAAGUGCGGCUGCCUGUGGAUGUGUUCAUCCUGGCCACCGCAAACCCCGAAGACUACACCAAUCGCGGACGCAUCAUCACGCCGCUUAAAGACCGCUAUGGUGCCCAGAUACGCACCCACUACCCCGAACACAUCGAACAGGAAAUUGCGAUUGUCGAGCAGGAAGCCAACGUGCUGACCAUGCCGGGCGUGGACGUGCAUGUGGCGGAUUACAUGAAAGAGAUUAUCGCCGAGGUCACCCAUCAUGCACGGCGCUCACCAGAUGUGAACCAACGCUCCGGUGUAUCGGUACGCGCAUCUAUCGCAAACUUUGAAGUGCUUGUCGCCAAUGCGUUUCGCCGCGCGCUCGUGCUCGGCGAAAAAGAAGUGGCGCCGCGGAUAUCUGACCUUGAGUACAUUGCGCCAUCUUUUCAAGGCAAAGUGGAAUUUGAAGCCAUGGAAGAUGGACAGGAAGAUAAAAUCACCAACCGCAUUAUCCAGGCUGCGACCAAAGCUGUAUUCGAUCGCACUCACGAUCUGCAGGACCUCGCCCCUGUUAUCGAGGCGUUCAACAACGGCCUCAGCAUUGAAAUUGGCGAAGCGGUUUAUGCCGAGGAUUACAGUCAGAUCAUCGACAAAAUUCCAGGCAUGAGCGAACGCAUCACCGCCACCACACCUGGCACACGAGCAGCAGAAGUUGAAUUCCUGCUCGAAGGCCUGCAUCUGAACAAACUGCUUAAUAAAUACGCGGUGUCCGGCCGCUCAACCUACACAGGAUAA